AUGUCUUUGGCGCGCCUCUCAGCCCUCGCCACCCGGCGGAAGCCUCUGUGGUCACAGCACAGGCUCCCCAGGCCAGGCCUUUGCUGCUGUCUCGUAGACAUUCUUCAGCGGCGGCCCGCUCAGGCUGGAGCAUCUUUCCUGUGGGAGAACGGCGCCCGGCCACCUACCCGGGCCGUCAGAGACCCCCAGGGCCACCGGCUCCACAAGGCUCAUGGGAAACCAUGGCGCUGGGCAGCCUUGGGGUUUCCCAAGAGGCCAUUCAGAGGGGGCACCGUCAGCUCCAUUGCCACGGGGUCCAACGCACCACUGGAUCUGGGACGGCACCACACUGGAGCCGCCAGGAGCCGGGGGAGCCCGCGGGCCCGGCCUCGGGGGCCUCCUUCUCCAGCCACCGGCAGAGCGGCGCCGGCACCUACAGCCUCUCCUCGGCUCUCCCGGCCGAGCCCGGGCCCCGGGGGGCCACCUACAGGUGCCACGUGGCCCACGUCUCCCUGCCCGAGCCGGUCACCCUGGACAUCUGGGUGGCCCCGGCAGACCAAGGCUCAGCGCUGGGCUUCCUGGCUGCCAGCUGCCUCUUCGUCCUCGCACUCCUGUUCCUGGGCUUCCGGAGAGUCUCCCGUGCCUCGGCCGACCCGCAGCGAGGGCCGCCUCUCCCGGGAUCUGAGCUCCCCUCCCGGUGAUUUCUCGUCCUCGCCGCCCAUCCGGGCCCCCAGACGAGGGCCGAAGCCUCGGGGAGCCCCCUCUGAGGGAAUCCGCCACAGCCCAGACGGGCCCUCUGGAGCUUUCCCUUGGCUGGGCCUCCAUCAGGGUCCCCCCACGGGCGAGGCUGGGCCGGACAGUACCGUCCGGUUUGGGUGGACGCCUGGGCAGCCUCCUCGGUUCCUCAGGGGUGGCGUCGGCCUCCUUCCCUCCACCCGGCAGACGCUCUUUUCUGGGGAGGGGGGGACGGCAGCGGCUUCCCUCCAGCCCUCUGGCUCCAUUCAGCCUCUUCUCGGGCCUUCCCCCAGGCUGGCCGGCCCCCUCCGGCCCAGUGGGCGCUGCCACCCUCAUCCGGGCUCUCGGCUUCCCCAGCGAGCAGGACCCACAAUGCCCUUGGCCCGGAGGGGUUGCCAUUCACACACGCGGCUGAGGCGUUCCAGUGACCUUCAGGCCCCCCCCCCCCUUCGUGUGGCACGGGAGAAGGGCACUUCCCGGCUCAGGCGUGCCACCUGCCAGUGGUGCCCACCCAGCCUCGCUCCUCAGUUUGGCGCGGUGCCUGACGAGGGAGGGCCAGAGAGGAGCCAGCGGGUGACCAGGGAGACUUGGGGGGACGUGGGGGAAGGGUGGUGCCUCCUCUCCCCUCCCCGAGCUCUCGUCUCAAUAAAGAUGGCGGCUCUCUCCCCCGUCUCUGCCGCUGCUUGUCCCGCCUAA